ACUCUUAACAAUUUUCCUUGUCAAGUGUCCUUGUUAAUGCAUCGGCAGUAGCAUAUUUCAUCCCUGACGAGAUUUCCCUGUAGAGUCUCCGUGUUUAUAUUGCAUCUCGUUUGGGUGUCAUCACAUCAGAACCAAUCACAAGAGCCAAUCAGAACAAAGGAAAACUGUCACCAUGAUUCAAAGAGAACUCUAAUUCAGAACAAACAUACCAUCCAAAGCGGAGGAGGACCCGCGAGUCAUCAAGUCUGGAUUGAUUUGAGUUUUGUAUCUGAUUGGUCAACAGGGUGGCGCGAGUUCUCUGGACAAAUCACAAAGCGCAGGAGAACAAAACUAGGGCAAUUGCGGAUCCAUUACAGCACUCAAGCGUAAAAGGUGACACAUGUGACCCUUCUUGUCCACGGAGACUUAUCUAGGAAACGCUAAUUGAAUUUGUUUAUCGAUGGGGAGGCUUCCAAACCUUUACUAAAUCUUUUGGUGUUUUGCUGUCUUGUUAGGGCUAAGAAUCCUGAAUGUGUAAAACAGUUUACAGUAAGAGUUUUCGUAAGCUAAGUCCCGACAACCGAUUUAUAUCCUGUUUAAUCAAGAAGGUUAUUUUUGUCGAAGGAAUCUAAAAAAAGGGGGGGAAAUCGGCACGUCUCGCCGUUCCUUAUUUAAGUUUAGCCAUCAUGUCGACACUCGUUACUUCCUUUUUUAGAGCAGACAAUUUGAUAACACUAAUUCAAGGAAACAAGCAUCGGUUUGAACCUCUCACUAAAUUCUACCAUCCACAUAGUUCUACCGAGAUGGCUGGCUGCCAGUAGCACGUCCAGAGUAGUAUGACAAGAAGCAUGUUUGCCUUAUGAGAGCAAAUUACUUUGCUAAUAUCUUUAAGACUUCAUUAUCAGCGAGGAGUUGCAACGUCAUUUGCUUGCAUUUUUCGGUCAUUAUAUCUUACCUAUGACACAUGUUUAUUUAACGGCGACAGCCGAAAGGAUUCCAUGCUAAGGACUUUCAGUGAUUAACAUCGGGAUUCCGUGCUCAUUGCCUAAAUUAACGUGACCUUGUUUGUUGUUCGCUGGACAUGAGAUAAGUGCCGCGCUAUAAAAAGAUAGCCAGCGUGCACGUAUUCAGGCCCGGUGCGAUCUUAAUGCGAUUUCUAUUAUUAAAAAACAAACAUCGACUGAGGAAUCUCAUGCUCAUGCUUACAAGGAAUGCAUUGUAGUAUGGAGAACACUUGUUUAGUAUCUUCAAGAAAAGUUAGCGUGACAAACGCGCAUUAAUGUUAUUUUAAAUAGCUUAGAAGGUUAUCAUAAGGAAAUUAAAACCGUCGCGUUGGUUCGGGGACUUUGCUUUCACUAACUUUUUCACUCUCCGUAUCCCUGAAGUAUGCUUUCUCUGGACUUUCUGCCUUAAAAUAUCGAGUAAUGUCAACACUGAGGAAUUGGCAUUGACUCGUAAAAUAUCACUUUGUUAAAAUUUUGUUUUUUCUCAUGACCUUUCUACUUGAUUGAUAUUGUAAGGAAAAAUCCAUCCCUAGUUAUACUGCGGGAGUGAAAGCGUGUAGUGUUUGAAGAACUCUCUCAAGAUUUGUCCCAACUCUGAGAACAGCGAUCAAUCUGAUUUUCAAACAUUACAAAUCUCAUCAAAUUAAAAGUUUUUGGCCGUUUAUUGUGUAAUGGUCUUGAUCACUUAGUCAACUCGAUGAAAGACUCGCUUGUGGUCGACCCAUUAAAUGUGACCUGCAGGAAAUGAAGCCCAACGCAGAAACUGCACAAAGAACAUGAUGAGCAGACAAGCAAACAAAUUUAGACAUGGUCUUCGUCUUUUGUUGCAAGUCUGAAGUACGUUUCACAGGAUUAAAGUUACGAAUUUCAGGAUUUAGCGCAAAAAUUGGGAUUAAAGAUUACCAGGGAUAACCUUUCAUAACUGGGUGUUGAUGAUUAUAUAAUUUGACGGCGUCGUUGUUCUCAUAAAGUUUACCUUGUCCUCUUGAAAGUCGGUAAGCGCAACCGAAGCAUCUUGCUUCCUUUCCGUGCAGUCAAACCUGGCGAAGUUAUCGAUAUUCAGCUCAGGUGAAAGAUGAACAACAAUGAGGGUGGUUCAGUCAGCAUAGUAAAUCUCACUACAGAGCAACCACGCGACAACACAGAGCAGACGUUUCAGGUCAUAGCAGUAACUCUCUUAAUACUAAUUACGUUCCUAGGGACGAUUGGCAAUCUUCUGGUAUUUAAAGCGAUUUUUAGCCUUAAAAAGAGAAAAAUCAAUGAUUAUCUCAUUUUGAACCUGGCGGCCACCGAUGCAGGGACGUGCCUCGUCAGCAUUCCGUUAGAUGCAGGGGAAAAGAUUAUCGGUGAAUUUCCGUAUGGAGCUGCACUCUGCCACGUUAUUUACCCUCUCCAGUCUGUUUUAGUUUACGUGUCAGUAAUGACGCUGUUAUUCAUGUGCGUGGAUCGUUACAGACUGAUCGUAACACCGCUGAAACCGAGAAUUCACUUAAGAACUGGAAUAAUGACGAUUAUUGUUUUUUGGCUUUCAUCUUGCUUGAUCGUACUUCCACUGUCGCUCGCACUGAAGCUGGAUGGGUCGCAGUGCGGAGAAGAAUGGCCUCGUUCUUACAGUGGCAAAGUGUUUACCCUCACUAUAUUCACCUCUCUUUACGCGGUACCACUGCUUCUAAUGACCGUUCUGUACGCAUUUAUAGUCAGGGCAUUGUACAAGGACAAGAAUUCUCUAAAACAAUGGCCAAAUGUCUCGAUCAGCAGCCGGCAUUCAGCCUCUCUGCCAACGCAACGAAAUCUUAAAAUCGUCCACGUGUUUGUUGCUGCUGUUGUGGCGUUUGCAGUGUGCAUGUUACCGACGCAUGUGACAUGGCUAUGGCAUGACUUUGGAAACGGUUCCGAACAACCUGAACUCUUCACCAAGGUUGUCACCUUCAGCAACAUUCUUAUGUAUGCUAACUCUAUCAUCAACCCUAUCAUCUUCGGCUCUAUUGACUUGAAAAUUCUUGCGAAAAUUUGUAGGGCUUUGAUUUGCUACCAAUCGCAUGGCCAAGACGCUAGGGUCUUUGAGAAAGUGUUUGUACUACGCACUACUUCUCCUCUUCCCUCAAUGAGGCGACGUUCCACGUUUAGUUUAGUGUUUAACCCUAAUGACAAGUCAAAGACUAGACCGUCGUAAUCUGGCAGUGGAUAAAGAACUUCACCCUGAGGUGUGUCUCAAGCAAAAGCCAGUGACAAUGAAAGCGUUUAUCCUCAGCGGUGCACAAAGACAUACGUAUUUUCAAUUGGCCAACAUCUAGCUGAUUAGUUUGCUCAUUUUGAUACUGGCAGAAACUGAAGGCGUAUCACCUCACGUUCAUUAAGCCUCAUCCACGGGAAGAAAGGGAAGAGGACUUUAUACAAAGUCCUAUGAGGGAUCAACUGCAAAAAAGCAUUACUGUGGUUGACUUAAUUUUCAUACUACUGGUCACAAAAAAUUCAGCCAUUCCGUAAUCACAUCAGUCUGACCGGAACGGUCGUUUCGGAAAAAAAAAAAAAAAAAAAAAAAAAGAAAAACUGGUGCCGUAUUUCAUAGCAUUAACUAGUGGUACACUCGUUUAUCUUUGCACUUUUGCAAUCUUGAGAGGAUUCUCUUUGUUUUCUUUUUUUCCUUUGCUUGUAAAAUGCGCACAAAUGAUAAGGGAAAUUCACAGGUAAACACUGUAUAUAUUUCUACCACCCUCUUUGUACGGCUGAUGUUUUCUUACAAUUGCUUUACAUUUUAUUGAUCGACUUAUUUAGAUGCCUAAUGAGACCAUUUAUCAACAUCUUCCGCCGCCGUGAAGUAGUUUUUCGAUAAUCUAUAUUUUAGAGGACGAAGCUGUCCUAAUAUCAUUAAAUGGGAAACUUGGAAAUGGUAACAUGACCUUAAUUUCUAGGGGACAUGGACGUCUAAAAUGACGCUAUCUAAAGUCAUAAGUAACACCACGCUCGUUGAUAAAUUGGAUUUUAUUUUUCCCGGAAACCGUUUCUAAGUGGUUCAAACCACGAGAGCUGUAAGGAAAUCUGAUAUGGAUUUUGGAAUAAAGAUUUUAGUUCCUUUACCUUA